GCUCUUUUCCGCCGGGUCAAAGACUAUAUAAAUGGCCCCGCCUAACCACAACUCUCAGUUACUUCUUACAAAGGAUCCCUAACGUCCUAUCUGUGAGAACUAACUUCGGCUCUUCCCGAUUUCAAGCCGAUCUCCUGCAGACUUCACAGCUUCAGUAAACAUGCGUGAGUGUAUCUCCGUGCACGUUGGUCAGGCUGGUGUCCAGAUUGGCAAUGCCUGCUGGGAGCUUUACUGCCUGGAACAUGGGAUCCAGCCAGACGGACAGAUGCCCAGUGACAAGACCAUUGGAGGAGGUGACGACUCAUUCAACACCUUCUUCAGUGAGACUGGAGCUGGAAAGCAUGUCCCCAGGGCUGUGUUUGUGGACCUGGAGCCCACGGUCAUCGAUGAGGUGCGCAGUGGGACCUACCGCCAGCUGUUCCACCCUGAGCAGCUGAUCACUGGCAAGGAGGAUGCUGCCAACAACUACGCCCGUGGACACUACACAAUCGGCAAAGAGCUCAUUGACCUGGUGCUGGACAGGAUCCGCAAACUGGCUGACCAGUGCACUGGUCUUCAGGGCUUCCUGGUUUUCCACAGCUUCGGAGGUGGCACCGGUUCUGGUUUCACCUCCCUGCUGAUGGAGCGUCUGUCCGUUGACUAUGGCAAGAAAUCCAAGCUGGAGUUCUCCAUCUACCCAGCUCCCCAGGUGUCCACUGCUGUGGUGGAGCCCUACAACUCCAUCCUGACCACCCACACCACCCUAGAGCACUCUGACUGUGCCUUCAUGGUGGAUAACGAGGCCAUCUAUGACAUCUGCCGUAGGAACCUCGAUAUCGAGCGCCCUACCUACACCAACCUGAACCGGCUGAUCAGUCAGAUCGUGUCCUCCAUCACUGCUUCCCUUCGUUUCGAUGGUGCCCUCAAUGUUGAUCUGACCGAGUUCCAGACCAACUUGGUGCCAUACCCCCGUAUCCACUUCCCCUUGGCCACCUACGCCCCUGUCAUCUCCGCUGAGAAGGCGUACCACGAGCAAUUAACAGUGUCAGAAAUCACCAACGCCUGCUUUGAGCCAUCCAAUCAGAUGGUGAAAUGUGACCCACGCCACGGUAAGUACAUGGCUUGCUGCCUCUUGUACCGUGGUGAUGUGGUGCCCAAAGAUGUCAAUGCUGCCAUCGCCACCAUCAAAACCAAGCGCUCCAUCCAGUUUGUGGAUUGGUGCCCCACUGGUUUCAAGGUUGGCAUCAAUUACCAGCCGCCCACCGUGGUUCCUGGUGGAGACCUGGCCAAGGUCCAGAGGGCUGUGUGCAUGCUGAGCAACACCACUGCUAUUGCAGAGGCCUGGGCUCGGCUCGACCACAAGUUCGAUCUGAUGUACGCCAAACGUGCCUUCGUUCACUGGUAUGUGGGUGAGGGUAUGGAGGAGGGAGAGUUCUCAGAGGCCAGAGAGGACAUGGCAGCUCUGGAGAAGGAUUAUGACGAGGUUGGACUCGACUCGGCUGAGGGUGACGGAGAGGAUGAUGGAGAGGAGUAUUAAACAGGCAUGUAGACAUUCAUAAUGUCAAAUAAAGUUUAUCAAUUGCA